GGAAAUAUAAGCAUGGAAGUACGUAUGAGAAAAACCUUAAUAAAGCCAUCCGUGACCUCUCAAAAUUGACUUUUGAAGACGGGUUUUCAAUCACAGAAUAUGGCAGUGCUCCGAAUGUUGUCACCAUCAGAUUUCAGUGUCGCGGUGACUCGUACGGAUCCAGAUGUCAAUCAUGUGCUGCCACUGCUGCCGCCGGGUUUCGUAAACGAUGUGUGAGAAACAAAGGAGGAAUAACAUGGUACGAUCAAUGUUAUAUCGACGUUAGUAAUAUCAGGCAUCCAAAAUCGAAGACGUUUAAUUUUGAGAAUAGUUCCACUAUGCACAAUCCAAAUAACGUGAGGGGUGAUAAAAAGUCUUUCAACAAAAAUACAGUCGACUUCCUCAAUAGUUUGAUUCUAAAAGCCGAUAAAGUUGAUUUGGAUGGCUACAACUUUUUAUAUUACGCGGCAGGAAAAGAUAACUUUGGGACGUAUAAGUUAUAUGCAAUGGUGCAAUGUAUGAAUGACGUAGAAAAUUGUACAAGUUGUUUAAAAUUGAGCAUUCAGGAGCUUUUCAAAUGUUGCAGUAGUAAACAAGGAGCAAGAGUUAUGAGUUUGGGAUGUAAUUUGAGGUAUGAGCUAUACCCUUUUCUUAGGAAGUAA